UGCGCUAACAAACUGACAAUAAAUCAAUUGUCUGUGUGUUCAACAAAAUGACGAUAUGUUUGACAACUUUGUGGACAAUCAACUGAUCCGUUGAUUAUAUUAUCGUCGAUAUAACCAUACAAUUGAUUGAUUGAAAUUAAUCGCAACACAAGACAACUAAAAUGUCGGUCGCAUUCAUUCCUCAGCAGAAAAAUCGACCGAAUCUUAGUUCACAACAAAUACAAAAGAUGUUGGACGAGAAUACACAUCUUAUUCAAUGCAUCGUUGACUACCAGAAUAAAGGCAAAGGUCAGGAAUGUCUUCAAUAUCAACAACAAUUGCAUCGAAAUCUUGUCUAUUUGGCUUCAAUUGCCGAAACCAAUCCCAACAUUUCGGCAUUACUUCCUCCGCCGCAGAGCUUUAUUCCAUCGACUAAUAUGAUGAAUAACCGAUCAGUUUCUCCAUCUAUGUCACAAUCAUUGCCAUCGAUGGCCAAUAAUGCGAAUUCAAUGUUAAUGGGAUCUCACAAUCAAGGGAUGCAUUCACAGCAAACACAACAGCAACAGCCGCCGUCACAUCUGACAACACAAUCAGCUCAGCAACAACUGGCCGGUAAUCAAACGGGAAGUCAGCACCACUCACAACACCAGUCAGCACAACAAACGUCUCCAUCAAUAACCCCCCCUUCAAUGGCAGCUGACAGUCGCAUAACAUCUCCCAAUGCAACGGCAAAUGAUAAUUUUGCAGAACCAACACAAAGACCUUCAUCACAGUCGCAGUCAUUGUCUCAAUCACAACCUCCUCCACCGCUUCAAAAUCAAUCGAAUGGACAGCAAACACAACCACAACAACAGCCAACACCGCAUUCAAUGCCUCCCACUUCUCAAUCACAAAACCAACAGUUAGGGCAACAGUCGCCAUAUCCCCGGCCAAUGCCUGGUUCUCAUGCUAUGACUCCUAUGGGACCACCAGCACCGACUACUACACAAAAUCAGUACGGAAUGAUGCCUCCACCCCCACCACCUCCCCCUGUCUCACAAUAUGGUUCACAAACACAACCACCUAAUGCUUAUAGUUAUGCUUCACAAUCACAAUACGGGCCAAAUUAUACACAACAAUCAGGCACUGGAUUUCCUUAUAAUUAUCCCAAUAAUUCUUCAACAGCACCACCCGGUCCUCCACCACAAUCCGGUCCAAACACUUAUCCACCGCCUCCUUCUAACCAAUACACAGGUUAUCAAGGAUAUGGUCCAUCAGGUGUGAGCCAACCGGGUCCUCCUUCACAACAACCACCCCAACAAUGGUAUCCACAAUCAUCACCAAUGCCGGCUCAGACUCAGCCAUAUUCAGCUCCUAAUCCAACCCAUGCCUCACACACUACACAUAGUGGAGGACCACCCUCCAUAGGUGGAGGACCUCCACCACCAUCUCAACAAUACAGCGGUUACUCAAAUCCUAACUAUAACCAAACCAACCAAUACUCACAACCAAAUUAUGGCAACACAUAUGGUCCACCAUCAGGACCUCCACAACCACAAAAUGGUGGUUAUGGAGCAAUUCCUAAUGCAGGCGCUCCACCACCGCCUCAACAAAGACCUAAUUAUAACCAACAACAGUACGGACAUUACCCGCCCCGACCACAAAUGAGUGCAUAUUCAGGCUAUGAUCAAUCAAGUCAAGGAUAUGCCGGUUAUCCACCACAACCACAAUAAUAAGUGGAUCGUAAACUUCAGCUAUUUAUUGACGAUUUGCUAUAUUUUAUUAAACUUUAAAUUAUUUGUACUUAUUUUCAGUAAAUUUAUAUAUAUUUUAUAAUUUAGGUUAUUUUUUGGUUUAAAUUGUAUCUAUUGGUUAGUGUGAUAAACGGUUUAUAUAUAUUUUUAUGUCUAUUUAUUUGUAUUUUGUGUAUUUGAG